CAAAAAAAAAAAAAAUUUACCUACCCUUUCGACGAGGAUUCAUCCAUUUGGGAAGCGGCAGCAAUUUACCCGCGCUGGUUAGAUCCUGUAGCUGCUGCCGCCCCCAAAAAGUCUUCGCCGGUAGCGAGUCGUCGAUGGAUUCCCCCUCCCCCGGGGAAAUCGCCGGUCAGCCGUCUUGUCGGGUUUGGAGAAAGUGAUAUGCACCUGUACAAUGCAUGGCUGCCGCCGCCGGUCGCGGAGGAGACGAAGAAGGAAGGGGAGGCCUUCUCCCGCGUCGUGAGCUCCAUGCGAAGCUCGUACAAACCGGACGAUCCUGAUUCCGUCUACGCCACUAUCAAAUGGAUUUCCGUCCUCGACGUCUUCGUCAAGGCUAAGAGCGACGUGGCCUUGGAAGAUGUCACUGCCGUCGUGGAAAUUGGGCUGGAGCUGUUCGGUGUCUCGCAGGACAAGCUUUAUGCUCAGGUUAGAUGGGGGAAUAUCUUGGUGAGAGUGCUUAAUAAGUAUAGGAAGAAGUUGUCUCUGAAAAUACAAUGGCGCCCUUUAUACGAUACUCUGGUUCACACUCAUUUCUCAAGGAGUACUGGUCCAGAAGGGUGGAGGCUUAGGCAGCGACAUUUCGAGACCGUCACUUCGCUUGUUAGAUCAUGCAGGAGGUUCUUUCCUGCUGGUUCAGCCUUUGAGAUUUGGUCUGAAUUUAGUUCUCUAACGGAAAAUCCGUGGCAUAACUCAUCUUUCGAAGGAUCUGGAUUCGUACGACUAUUCCUCCCAACUAAUUUGGAAAACCAGGAUUUUUAUACCAAUGAUUGGGUGAGAAAGACUAUGGAGCUGUGGGAAUCUAUACCAAAUUGCCAAUUCUGGAACAGCCAGUGGGCAGCCGUUAUAGCUCGAGUCAUAAAGAACUAUGACUUCGUAGAUUGGGAAGGCUUCUUACCUGUGCUAUUCACUCGAUACUUAAAUAUGUUUGAGGUUCCAGUGGCGAAUGGAAACGGAUCAUACCCCUUCCCUGUUGAUGUCCCUAGAAAUACAAGAUUCUUAUUUUCGAAUAGAACAAUGACCCCAACAAAAGCUAUUGCUAAAUCAAUUGUAAGAUUGACAAUCCUACUCCACAGUAUUACUAUAUAUGUGCUUAGUUCAUUGUUGUCUCUUUGUAGGUAUUACCACCCAUCUAAUGGUGGCAGGUGGACUUAUUCAUUGGAGCGGUUCCUAUUGUAUUUGGUAAUUACAUUCCAAAAGCGCUUACAGCAUGAGCAAUUGAACAAAGAUAACGAUAUAUAUGCUCACCUAUUUCUGGGAAGACCAGAGAGGACGGCAUUUGUCAAAAUAUUAUUGAAAUUAAUUGAUCGUGGACAGUACAGCAAGAAUGAGAAUCUCUCUGAGACUGUAGCUGCAGCAACUUCUAUCCUAUCCUAUGUGGAACCCUCGCUAGUUCUACCAUUCUUAACAUCCCGAUUCCAUCUGGCCUUGGAGACGAUGACUGCCACCCACCAGUUGAAAACUGCCGUGAUGUCCGUGGCAUUUGCAGGACGCUCAUUGUUCCUGACAUCCUUGUCAACCUCUGCCAAAGAGCUACACCUUGUUGGUGAUAGUAACACAUUCAUGGAUCUUCUGAUGAUUUCAUUAUCGAAUGCAUUACUUGGUAUGGAUGCUAAUGAUCCUCCCAAAACCUUGGCAACCAUGCAGUUGAUUGGUUCUAUAUUUUCUAAUAUUUCUACUUUGGAUGAUAGCAUGGUUGACUCAUCAUUCAUGCCAAUGAUUCAGAUGUCUGAGUGGUUAGACGAGUUCUUGUGUCGGUUGUUCUCCUUACUUCAGCAUUUGGAACCUAGCAGUGUCGUGAGUGAAGGUUUACACUCGGCAGCAACGUCAGGGACAUUUUUAGUUGAGGAUGGUCCUUAUUACUAUUGUAUGCUUGAAAUCUUGCUGGGAAGGCUUUCAAAAUCACUGUACAAUCAGGCGUUGAAGAAAAUUGCCAAGUUUGUAAGGACAAAUAUUCUUCCUGGUGCAAUUGCUGAGGUUGGCUUGCUUUGCUGUGCAUGUGUGCAUUCGAACCCUGAGGAGGCCGUUUCUGCUCUUGUAGACCCUAUGUUAUCUGCUGUUAUAUCUUCCUUGAAAGGGACGCCAGCAACUGGAUUUGGAGGAAGAGGGGUCCUUGAGACCUCAGUUUCGUCGAAGGCAAAACCAACACUGUCUCCAGCUCUUGAAACAUCAAUUGAUUGUCAAUUGAAAAUACUGUCAGUCGCAAUCAAUUACGGAGGCCCUGUCCUUCUACAUUACAAGGAUCAAUUUCUAGAAGCUAUAGCAUCUGCCUUCGAAUCUCCCUCUUGGAAGGUUAAUGGAGCUGGUGAUCAUCUUCUUAGGUCCCUCAUAGGAAGCCUGGUCCUUUAUUACCCUGUUGAUCAGUACAGGUGCAUUUUAUGGCACCCUGAUGCUAGGGAAUUGGAAGAGUGGAUUGGCACAAAAGAUUAUGGUAAUGAGGACCCAUCUAUCGCGCCCAAAUGGCAUGUUCCAAAUGACGCUGAAGUUCAAUGUGCGAAUGAGCUUUUGUACCUUCAUUUGCAAUCAGCUUUAGAUGAUCUAUUGAGGAUUUGCCGAGAUCGAAUCCAUUCCGAUCCAGGCAAUGAGAAAGAGCACUUGAAAGUGACUCUUUUGCGGAUUGACUCUUCACUGCAAGGUGUUUUGUCUUGCUUACCUGAUUUCAGCCCAGCCUCCAGAAAUGGGAUUGUCAACGAUCCGUCGUACAUAACUAGCCUGAUAGCUGGAGCAACAGGUGCAACUGUUGGCAGCUCUGAACUGCGUGAAAAAGCUGCUGAAAUUGUACAUUCUGUUUGCAAAUAUCUUUUAGAGGAAAAAUCAGAUGAUAGCAUCUUAUUGGUACUCAUUGUGCGGAUAAUCGAUGCUUUGAUAAACUAUGGAAGUCUGGAGUUUGAUGAAUGGUCAAAUCACAGGCAGGCUUGGAAGUUGGAAUCUUCUGCUAUUAUAGAACCUCCCAUAAAUUUUAUAGUUUCAUCUCAUUCAAAAGGGAAAAAAAGACCUCGAUGGGCUCUUAUUGACAAAGCUUACAUGCAUAAUACAUGGAGAACAUCGCAAUCGACCUACCAUCUUUUCCGUACAAGUGGAAGUUUCUCUCCAUCUGAGCAUGCAAUUGUUUUGAUGAAUGAUCUACUCAACCUGUGUCUGCAUAGCUAUGAAACAGUUCGAGGACUUGCUGGCAAAUCUCUGCUCAAGAUGAUUAAGAGAUGGCCGUCUAUGAUCUCCAAAUGUGUGCUUUCUCUUACUGAAAAUUUGAAGAACCCAACUGCUCCAGAAUGUGCAGUCUUAGGCUCUUGUGCUGUGCUUUCAACUCAGACUGUUCUCAAACAUUUGACAACGGAUCCAAAAACAUUCUCUUCAUUUCUUCUCGGUAUCCUAUCAAGCUCUCAUCAUGAGUCCCUGAAAACCCAGAAGGCAAUCAAUGAGCUUUUUGUCAAGUACAACAUCUACUUCUCGGGACUAUCCAGGAGCAUUUUCAUACCAUCAGGCAGUGAAGUGGGUGGUUCAGAUUUUUCAGAUUUGGUUUCUCAGAUUAUAUCAAUGAGUUUUGAAUCUUCUGGCUUGCACUGGAGGUAUAAUUUGAUGGCCAAUAGAAUUCUUUUGCUGUUGGCUAUGGCUUCUAGAAAUGACCCAACCUUCUCGAAAAUCUUGAGUGAAACUACUGGUCACUUCCUGAAAAGUUUAAAGAGUCAACUUCCACAGACCAGGAUGCUUUCAAUCUCAGCACUGAACACACUCUUGAACGAAUCGCCAUAUAAGCUUUCAGCUGCAAAUCAAGGUGGUCCACCGGAGGAUUUACACACCAAUGUCAAAUCUUCCCUUGAAGGAGCAUUAAGUGAAAUUUUUCAGGAGGAGGGAUUCUUUCACGAGACAUUGAAUAGUCUAUCUCAUGUGCAUAUUAUCACCGACAGUGAUGGUUCUUCCAGAGGAAAUCAUGGGAACUCUUCUUUUCAAAGCCUGGCAGAUAAAUCAAUCACCCGCUUCUAUUUUGAUUUUUCAUCCUCUUGGCCUCGCACACCUAGCUGGAUCUCUCUACUUGGGGUUGAUAGUUUUUACUCUAGCUUUGCAAGAAUUUUCAAGCGGCUGGUGCAAGAAUGUGGCAUGCCCAUUUUGUUGGCUCUAAAAAGCCCAUUAGAAGAUUUUGCAAAUUCUAAGGAAAGGUCUAAGCAGUGUGUUGCAGCAGAAGCAUUUGCAGGUGUGUUGCACUCUGAUGUUGAUGGUGUAUUAGGAGCGUGGGACAGCUGGAUGAUGGGUCAGUUACAGAGUAUUAUUCUUGGUCAGUCGGUGGAGUCGAUACCAGAGUGGUCAGCCUGCAUACGGUAUGCUGUCACUGGAAAAGGAAAGUAUGGUACAAAUGUUCCCCUUCUGAGACAGCAAAUUUUGGAUUGUUUGAUAACACCCCUCCUUCCGACUGCAACAACUACUGUAGUUGCAAAGCGUUACACUUUUCUUUCUGCUGCACUCAUAGAGAUAUGCCCUCAAAAGAUGCCUGUGACUGAACUGGAGAUUCACAAUAAACUUUUGAAUGAAUUGUUGGCGGAUAUGUGCCAUUCAUCAGCCCAAGUAAGGGAAGCUAUAGGAAUCAACCUCUCUAUAUUGUGCUCAAAUAUCCGCCUCCAUUCGUCAUUCUCCCAUGAAGAGGCUGACCACGGCAGUGACAACCCAAAUAAAACAGAGACUUGGGUUGCAUUUCUUACAGAACGAGCAUCUGAGAUGGUCACAAGUAUUCAGAAUACUAGUCAGACAGACAACAUGGAGACAGCGGCUCAUUGUAGUGCUGAAAAUGGCACAUUAAAUGGAGAUAUACAAGAUGACGUGAAGUGGAUGGAAACGCUCUUUCAUUUUAUCGUCUCAACUUUGAAGUCCGGAAGAUCAUCUUGUUUGGUUGAUGUCAUUGUCAGAUUUAUCUAUCCUGUAAUUGCCUUACAGGAAACAUCAAAUAAGGAUUUAUCAACUCUGGUGAAGGCUGCUUUUGAGUUGCUAAAAUGGAGGGUGUUUUGGGAACCUCAUCUUCAGAGGGUUGUUGAAGUCAUUCUUUCUUCUUCUACUGAUUCCAACUGGCGGACCAGAUCAGCUACUCUGACGUAUCUACGUACUUUUAUGUAUAGGCAUACUUACAUACUCUCUAAAGCAGAGAAACAAAAAAUUUGGAGAACUGUGGAGAAUCUGCUGAGAGACAAUCAAGUCGAGGUAAGAGAGCAUGCUGCAGCAGUUCUUGCAGGUCUAAUGAAAGGUGGGGAUGAGGACCUUGCUUGUGAUUUCCGUGAGAGAGCUUUAGCGGAUGCAAGUGCCAUGCAACGGACGAGAAAGCAGCAGAGGAAUCUAAGAAGGGGCCAAUCGAUAUCAUCCAUCCAUGGUGCUGUACUUGCACUGACGGCUUCUGUAUUAUCUGUGCCAUAUGAUAUGCCCAGUUGGUUGCCAGAGCAUGUCACUCUCCUGGCACGUUUCGCAGCAGAGCCUUCCCCCAUAAAAUCCACAGUAACGAAAGCAGUUGCUGAGUUUCGGAGGACUCACGCUGAUACUUGGAACUUUCAGAAGGAUUCAUUCACCGAAGAGCAGCUCGAGGUUCUUGCUGAUACAUCAUCUUCAUCGUCGUAUUUCGCCUGAAACAAUCACCAAUUGAACCGCAUCUCGAAACAUCCAAAAUACUGAAUUAGUAAAAAGUGAUAGGGGAAUAGGCAGAAAAUAAUGUUUCUCUAGAUCGAGGAUGUAAUGCAUGAUAUUGUAUCGGAUUUGUGUUUGUAUUUACAUUUGUUAUACACUUAUUCAGGUUAUGAUAGCGAUAAUAUUGGAGUUUAUUGGUUUCUUUUUCGUUUCUUUAUCUAUUUAGUUUGAACUAGUUGAUGAUCCUUUCCCUAACUCUUUGUCGCCAUUUCUGGGACUUUUGUGAACUAGACCCACGGCCAGAGCUUCUCUUUCUGUCUUUGCUUUGGUUUUUCUAAACCAUAGGAUUCAUCAGCUCGUCCGACGGCAAAUCCCACAGAACAUUGUCGUCGUCAUCAUCGUCCUCGUCAAGCUUCUCCUCAUCCAUCCGCCCUCUCCGAUUCUCUCCACCUGCGGCGGUACAAGUGCUCCCUGUGCACAUGCUCUGGCUCCAUGCGUCCCCAUCAAACGACGGUGGCUCACCACCGCACUGGAACAUGCUACUGAUCCCGAAGUGUGCCGACGAUGAUGCAGGUAACUGGUCGUUAUUGUUGGACUCCCAGUUAUUGUUAAUGUUAGUGUUGCCAGUCUCUUGCAUUGCCCUCGAUAAGCCCAUCUUGAUCUUCUCAAUCGUGUCCUCGUCAUUCUCCUCGUGUUUUGCAGCGACGAAAGCUGGCAUUCCAGCAGACGACUGUUGGUUGUGGUGGUGGUUGUUCCCUGCUUGGUGGAGCUGGAAGUCGAUCCUUUUCUUGGUGAGCAGGUGGAGCAUCUCAUCUUUGAAGCAGCCGAGCGCGGCCUCUGCAAGGUGAGCCACCUGGGGUGGGGCGAGGGUGGUGGCUAUCUCAGCCAUAAGGUGGGAGAAUGGCUUGUGGGUGACUGGGUCGAUCCCCAUCCCGGACAGCUUCUUCUUCAGCUUGGUGUUCCAGUGGUUCUUCACGUCGUUGUCGGUUCUCCCUGGAAGUUGAGCCGCAAUCAACGACCAUCUGUUGCCAACGACGGAGUGGAGCUUGACGAUGGUGUGCUCCUCUGCAUCGGUGAACUUGCCACGCAUCAGGUCAGGGCGGAGGUAGUUGGUCCAGCGCAGCCUGCAGCUCUUGCCGCAUCUUUGCAGGCCUGACAAUGGCAGGAACAAGGAUGGAUGAGAAGGAAAAGAGAGAAGAUUGCAUUAGUCAAUGUGAAAGGAAGGUAGAAGGGUAAGGGAAAGACCGGCGUUUUUGGGGAUGAGGCGCCAGUUGCGGGUACCAUGUUGGGCGAUGUAGGAAGAGAGUUUGUUGUCUUCCUCGGGAGUCCAUUGGCCUCUCUUGACGUUGUCCUUCUCACAACAAGAUCAACUAAUCACCCCAAGUGUGCGGUGAGGAGGCCUUGAACCGAACCAACGAGAGCGAAGCAAAUGAGCAAGAGGCAGAAGACGCUGAACAAAUGCAACAGCACCCACUUGAGCGUCCAGGCCUCCACCUCCCUCUGCUUCACGUACAUCUCCACCGGGAAAUAGAUGCUCACCGGCCAGUACAUGAACCCUCCCAGCACCCCGAUCACCUGGUUGAAGUAGGGGAACAUCAUCGCGAUCGCCGUCGUCGACGCCACGUACAGCGUCCGGAAGCACAGCCGCAGCACCUUCACUUCCACCUUCCGGCCUGCCGCGGGAACUGGCAAUUUCACGCUGCUGUGCCGGACGAGGAUGCUGUCCGGGAAAGUCUCCACGAACCACUUCUCUGCAGUUGCGAACACCGGCUGGCAGUACACCUGAUAGCCACCGAGGAUGUGGAGCACAAUGCAGGCGUUGGCGAAGUCGAGAAGCCAAUGGGGGUGAGUGAAACCAGUCAAGAGGUUUCCUGGAGUGUCUUCCCCAAAUGCUGCAUACCCGAACCCUCCACAGCAGAGGUAGAACACUGUGGUCACUAGUAUCGCCACUGUGGAUGCCUUCUUCAUCGUCUCAUUCUCUGAAGGCGGGGAUUUCAAAGUGUCCUGAAUUUCAAUGAGGAUUAGAGAGUAGGGAUAGGCAAAUGCAAUGUCCCCAAGCGCUUGAGACACCUUCCACAUCUUGUCAACCGGAGUUGCUCCUCUUAUCCCUGUCAUGCUGCCCUUCACAUACCCAUUCUCCAAGACGCGAGCAAAGCCAAGGCCAAGACCAAUGAAGGAGUAGGCCAGAGACAUUAGAGCAGCAACAUUGGAGAGCCACUGAAUGUCGUGGAAGUUGGGGAUCUGAGACAUGAACAUCUCAGCCAAUCCAAACACCAGCAUGUGCCAGCUCAUGUCACAUGACCCAUCUUCUUUCUUCUUCUUGUUGUUGUAAGUGGUGCAGGCUGAUUGCUGAAUCGACCUCAUGCUGAUGGCGGCAGUGAUGGUGUAGGCAAUCCCUAUUCCGUACAUGCUUGUGUGCACUAGCACCCCGCAUGCCCACGCCUUUGUCCUCCCUAGGGUGAGGUUAACGGCCUGGAGAUAAGAGCGGUUCCGGGAAGGGCCGAGGAGCGGAUGCGGCGACCGGUAGCAGUCGCAGAGCAAGAACGCCGACACCAGAGUCACGGCGGCGAACAUCACCAUGGCUGCCGGCCCCGCCGCCCACCCCAGCUGGGCCACGCUCCACUGCAGCGACAGCACUCCCGACCCGAUCACUCCCGUGAUUAUGUGCGCCACCGCCGUCCACACCGUCCCGCUCCGCUCAACCGCCGCGGCUCCAUCUCCGCCGCCGGAGUAGGACGAGGAGGAGUUCUGGUCUCGCUUUUCUAGGAAUGCGACUCGCUUCUCGUCGUCGCCGUAACUAAAAAUCACUGCUUCCUGACCGGCUCCCAUCCCCGCCGGCAUACUACCAUCUAUGUGUUAUAAUACACUCUGUUUCCGGUGAGAUUUUCAGGGGACUUUCGAUUGAGCGCGAAAUAGUAGGGGACUGAAUGCAAAGAUUACUUCUUUCUUUGGUGUUUAUCUGUACUGUAUAUAGGGAUUGGAUUGGAUUGGAGCGUGGUGGGCAGUGCGCUUUUGUAGAUGAUAGCUAGCUGAAACAGUUGCGACGAUCCCGCUAGAAAAUCCGCGCUUCCUUCUCCUCCGUCCCGUCCCCUCCUCCUUUUAUAUAUCACUUCACUGCCUUUCUGGAAAGGGGGAAAAAACACAAACUAUUU